AAGCAGAAACAUCGAGGUCGAAAGUCGAUUUGUGCACCCCUACUUGUAAGAACGCAAUAGAUCAUCAUACUGCCCAAGAAAAAGCAUUGUGGUGUAGCAGCAGCAAGCAGAGCAGCAGCAAGCAGAGCAGCAGCAGCAGAUGCACUAAAAACAAUUCUGAAGGAGUUUGUUAGUUGCUCUGUCGUUGUCCCUGAAGAAGAAGACAUCAUAUCCGUUUCCUUUGUGUGUUGCGUUUGUACGAUUGUUUGUGGUGAUAGUAAAGCAAAAGUGAGCAAAGGAGAAGUCGAAGGCGCUGUGCUUUUGAGCCUGCAACAGAGCGAGUUCAAGCAACCAACACACAACAACAACAAGAACAAAAACAAAACAAUUGUUCGUGGCGAAAACAAAGAAAGCUAAGGAUACCUUUGUUUCUUUAAAUCAGUUGUUGGCUUUGAAAAACCACCACCGUUCACAGUAACUAUUAGCUUCUAUCACCAUCAUGAGUACGGCCACUUUAAAUGGAGCUGCCUCAACAAACCUUCUACAGCAACAGCCAUCAACAUCAACAGAAGCCUCAUCAUCUGUAGCCGCCGCAGCAGCCACAGCAGCAGUGAAAACUCGUGGUGCUGAAUUCGGAGAUGAUGUUGCCCCAACGUCCACAUCACAUUUGCCCACAUCUCCCGCCAUUUGUCGUUAUUUCCAAAAAGGCAUCUGUCGAUUUGGCUCUGUUUGUCGAUUUUCACAUGACCUGCCUGGCGGUGAGGUAAUCAGCUCAAAUACAAAUAAUUCCUCGGGUUCAACAGCCCCAGCCAGUACGUUGAACAAUGAACGUCCCAGCACCAGUCGUCGUAACUGGGCAAAUGCCCCUGCUUUUAUACCGGCUGCCGAUCAUGCUGGUGGCGAGGUGUUAGAAUCUGUUGUUGAUCCCAACCAUUCAUGGGCUGAAGUUGUUUUUGGUCCAAACGCUCGUGGACGUAGUAUGCCGCACAUGGCAAGUGGAUUUCACGAAAUUGCCAGCGUCGACGAAGAGUGUCCCUUUGAGAGUCCAUGUCCGUAUGGUAUGUUUUGUGUCUAUGCCAUACACAUGGAACUGUGUGAAAUGUGUGAUCAAUUCUGUCUUCAUCCCAACGAUGAGGAACAAAGAAAGAAACAUAAAAAGGAAUGUCUGCAACAACAUGAACAGGCUAUGGAGUUAUCUUUUGCCGUAGCACGGUCCAAAGAUAAAACAUGUGGUAUUUGCUUUGAUACAAUUAUGGAAAAAGCUGGGCGAGAGAAACGUUUUGGCAUAUUACCCAAUUGUAAUCAUAUCUUUUGUUUAGAAUGUAUACGUAAAUGGCGUCAAGCUAAGCAAUUCGAACAUAAAAUUACCAGAUCCUGCCCUGAAUGUCGUGUGUCCUCAGAUUUUGUUUGUCCUAGUGCCUUUUGGGUUGAGACCAAAGAGGAGAAAGAUAAACUCUUGGGAGAUUAUCGAAAAGCUCUUGGUAUCAAAGACUGCAAGUACUUUAAAAAGGGUGAUGGCAAGUGUCCCUUUGGCAACAAAUGUUUCUACAAACAUGCUUUGCCCAAUGGUGACUUGGUAGAUGUUGGCUGUCCCAAAAAGGGUCGUAAAAUUCAUCGCAGUAAUAAUGAAAUUAUAAACUUGCUUGAUAUCUAUCUGUAUGAAUUUCUUGAACAGCGUAAUUUGAAUUUCCUUGAUUUUUUUGAAAGUACAGGUGAUGAAGGCGAAGAUUCAUCUGAUGAUGAGGAUUAAAUAAAAACAAAGAAAAAAGUAAAAACACAAAACGAAUAAUGGUUAUAUUAUAAAUGUAUACAAAACACACAAAAAAAGGAAACAAAAUUCAAAAUCGUAUGUGUAUAAUUUGGCAUUAAUAUCUCUCUUUCUCUAUCUAUUAAUAUUAAAGAAAGAGAAUUACAUAACACAAAAUAUCAAAAAAUAUAUUACAAAAAAACAAAGUAUUCAAUAGUAUAAAGCAAUGCUCUCAAAACUCAAUAUGGAAAACAAACUACUUAAGACCAAAAAAAAUAUCAAAAAACCAAAACAAAAUCCGGAAUUAAACCACAAAAUAGUUAAAGGAAACAGAUAUUUCAAUUAUCAAAGAAAAAGUGAAUGCUUUUUUCAAAUAUUUUUUUGCUCCUUCCAUUAUAACAACAACAACAAACCACACACCCUGUUUCAAACCCCCAAAAACAAAAGGCUUAUGAAAACGAUAUUUAAAAAAUAUUAAAAAUACAAAUGGAUGUCUAUUAUAGGAUUAAAAAAAAAAAAACAAAAAAAAAAAAAAGAAACGAUCACAGAAAAAAAACAAAGAAAGUAACAUUUUUCGUCCUCUAUGGAAACCUCUGAUUUAAAGAAAAAAACACUCACCAAUCGUAUUACAAGUAUAUAAAAAAACAAACACUAUGCAACGAAAAUUAUAAAAAAAAACCAAAAAAGCAAUACUCCCAGUUUUGAAAAAAAAUUAAAGAAUUUAUUUCUGAUUUUUUCUCAUUUGAGAAGUUUUAAGUUUUCUAUGUACCUAUCUAUUUUUAAUUGUUUAUAUGUUAUAGCUAUUUAUGUUUAAUUUGAUACUUUUCCAAAAAAAGAAAUAUUUUUUUUUGUUAAAAAUCUAUAAUUUUUGUUAAAUGUUUUUAGUUUUAUAAAACUUUAAAAUAUAUAUUUUUUGUUUCAAUUUUGUUUAAAAUUAAAGAUAAGGAAAUUUGUUUCAAAUAUUAUUUUUUUAGGAAAAUAAGAACAUUUGUCAAUGGCCCCUCCCAAGAGGCUUUAAUUGAAUCUAAAUAUUGUUUAAAGUUCAAUUUAUAAGGUAUGUGAUGGAGACCGAAUUAUAUCGAUUUGCCGCAACGGAAAUGUGUAUAUUUUAGUUGCCAUUAAUGAUAACUGUAAACACCUUUUGCACAAUAUAUUAUUUUAAAUAACAAUUUCAAAAACUUCAAUUAAAAUUUUUAUAAAAAGUUUGGCCAAUAGCCAAGUAUUUGAUUUGGAAAAAAACCUUUCAACCUUUUUUCUCGUUGCGAUUUUUUUGUCAGGAAGAUACCAGGCAACGAUUUACAAACUUCUAAUGGAGUUGAAAUUAAUAUAAUCAAAUAUUUAUAUAGAAAAUAUUUUCGGUUAUCUUAAAAUAAAAAUACAUCUAUUUCCAAUUCAAAUGCUACAGAAAUACUCCACUUUCAUUACACACUGUAUCCACCAACCCAUAAUUUCAAUUUCUUCUACUUUUGAUUUUUUUUACGACGAUCAUAGGCAACGAUUUUAAAUUUGUUCAUGCAUUUGAAAUGAAAAUAAUCAAAUAUUUAUAUGGAAAAGAUUUUAGAUUAUCUUGAAGUGAAAAUGCCCCUCCUUUCCAAUCCAAGUACUACAGAACUACCCCACUUUCUUUACACACCUGUAUCCACCAACCCAUAAUUUCAAUUUCUUCUACUUUUGAUUUUUUAUUGUCACGACGACCCUAGGCAACGAUUUUCAAGUUUUUCAUGCAGUUGAAAUUAAAAUAAUCAAAUAUUUUUAUGGAAAAGAUUUUCGAUUAUUUUGAAAUAAAAAUGCAUCUUUUCCCAAUCCAAAUACUACAGACCACUUUCAUUACACACCUGUAUCCGUGGACCCAUAAUUUAAAUUUCUUCUACUUUCGUUUUUUUUUUGCCGAGGCGACCCUAGGCAACGAUUUUAAAAAUUUCUCAUGCAGUUGAAAUAAAAAUAAUAACUUUCUUUUGAAAAAGAAUGCUUCAAUAUUUUUCGAUUUUAUUGAAAUAUAAUUGGCACUUUUACAAUUCCAAGUAUUGUCGAAAUAUUCCAUGGGAAUAACAAUGAAAGAGGAAGAGUUCCUUUAAAAAGAACUGUGAAGAAAAUUGAUUUUCGUAAUCGAAGUUUUUGAUGUCAAAGGCUUAAAAUCGGCGCUCCAUUUCAGAUCCGUGUAACUAAAGGGGACAUUUUUUUUCAAUUUUCCAAAUUCUGAAAUGAACACUUUUUUCUUGCGAACCAAAACUUUGAUCCAUUUGAAAAUUCGUUUUUACUUUUCUGCCCCGUAAGAAGGCAAAUCAAAUUUAGAGGAUAAGAUAAAGAUUUUUGUAGAAGAUCUGUUAAUAUCUAUAAACUAUUCUUUAAUGUCAAAGACUAAGUCUUAUUAAAAUUCUUGUGCCUUUUCAGAUCCGUGUAACUAAAGGAGGCAGUUUUAUAAUUCAUCUUUAAAAUUUUUUCUUUUAAUUUUUCAAAAUCGUCGAUUUAUUUUUGAUCCGAGUAACUAAAGGGGACAUUUUUUAAAUUGUCCUCAUAGUUGUUUUUUAAUUUUUCAAAUUCUGAAAGAAUACUUUUUUCUUGCGAACCAAAAACUUUGGUCUAUUGGAAAAUUAGUUUUUGGUUUCCUGUCGCCUAAGAAGGCAAAUCAAAUUUCGAGAAUGAUUUUUGUAGAAGAUCUGUAAAUAUCUAUAAAAAAUAUUUGCAAGAUCUUCAAUAGGUAGAAGAGGCGGUAUCUUCUAUUCACAGAGGGUCGAUGCAAGACCUCCAGUCUAUGAAUGAGGGUUCAUGCAAAACCUCCUGUCAAUGAAUGAAUUAUAGAAACAUUUCUUACAAGUUCAUACAUUUAUGGAGACCGUUUUGAAGAUUUUUUUUUAGCAGCAGAGGGUUAAAUUCCCUUCAUUACUUCUCUAAAUAUUUUAGAUUAGAUGGAGGUUCUGUCAUUAGAAUAAAAAUCUUACAAAUUUUGAUAUUCCUUUAAAAUUUGUGAAAUAUAUUUUCUUUGUUUUUUUUUGUGGUUUAGAUCAUAUUUUUUUGUUAAAACUUAUUGCAGUUAAAAUCAAAAUUUCUUACUCAUUUUUCAGUCUGUUCCAGAACCUGCAAGAAUGUAUAAGCUUUGCAAUAUUUUUCGAUAUCAUAAAGGGAAAAUGGGUUAUCGUAGUAUAAAGUUUUACAUUCUUUCAGCUCUGAAACAGACCAAUUGUUUUCCCUUUGAAAAUUUUCCUUUUUUCUUUUGUGGUUUAGUUUUCUUUUUGUUAAAAUUAUUUAGAGUAAAAAAACAAAAAAAAAAAACGGUGUUUGUUUUAAGACAUAAUCACAAUAUUCCAUUGUAAUUUCUUUUUUUAUGUUAUUUAUCAUGUAAUCCCCCACCCCAAUUCUUCAUCCCCCACCCCCUUAACUCAUACUUAAUAUUAUAUAUAUUUACCCAAUAUUGUUCUAUUUGUUUUUUUUUUAUGGUUUAAAGAAAAAAGAUGUGUUAAAAAAAUUAUAAUUUUUAUUAUGUUCUAAUUUUGUUUUCCUUUAAGUAAUAUAGAAGAAAAAAACAAACCAACCUUGUUAAUUGUUAAAACAAAAAACUAAUGCCAUUGUAAAGAAGAAAAAAAUAAUAUAUACUAAAAUACGUUUACUAUCCCCACAAAUUGUUUUCUUUGUAAAACAGCCUUAAAACUGUGAAAUAUAUAUAAAUGCAAAUUUUCUUAAAAAAUUAAAGAAUAAUAAAAAUCAAUUACAAAACAAGAACACAUAAAUGCCUAACAAAAAAAUAGUAUAAUAAUUUCUUUUUUUUACAAUAUAAAACCUUGCAAACAAAAUAUAGUGUAUACCAAAUAAACCGGAAGUCUUCUAUGGUUUUGUGAAUCUCUUUAUUAUUGUUAAUUUUCUAAAAUAAAAACAUUUUGUUUAACUGUCUUUUAAGUUAUCAAAAUAUAUCUUAAAAAAAAACAAUAACACAAUAUAUACUACUUAAAAAAACAAUAUAUAUUAUAUUUAAUGCAAACAAAUGUCAGAAGGAAAAACAAAAACAUUAAUAAUUCCUUGUAACAAACAAGGCAAGCAAGAAAAACAAACAACCAAC